UUGUCCAAAACGAAUUUCUUGUAUCUUUUCAGACAAGGUUAUGAAUGACUUGUCCAAAACGAAUUUCUUGUAUCUACACUACACAUUUAAAAGACAGCACAGCAAAGAGGCUAUGUUACAAAAGAACAAGACGGCAGCAACACACAUUCGUAGACCAAUAUCAGGGACGAGUUCGAGACCUCGACGAUGUAUGUCCGAAGGAGAGAGGAUGUGCGAGGACGGUUCCUGUAUAGCAAGAGUCGAACUAUGUCCGGAAGAGCAGCUGAUGAACCAGAAUACAAUACUGAUCAUGAUCAUUGUGGGGCUUGCAGUCGUUGUGUUCCUUGCUAUACUCUACUGUUUCCAGAAACGACAACAACAAGCCAACAGACAAUUAGGAACUGUGAUAAUGGAAUCUCUCUAUGCUCCACCACCUGCAUACGAGGAAGUUGUCAAUAGUAACAUGUAUCCUGCCACACCAGAGCAAAGAAGAUUACAUCAAUUAUCAUUGGAGGAGCCAAGAAGUCCUAUGACUCCGCCCCCUAAUUAUGCAUCAGCAUUGAUAAUACUUGCCCAGAGCGAGGAAUCUAUCUCAUCAAAACAACAUUCACAGUCAGAUCUUAUCAGACGCAGUGUUUCAAUGGACCAAAUUCAGGGCUCCACUGCAGGAGUGCCAAAGGAAUGCACUGAGUCGCUAUGGAAACAGAAAUAUACAAAAUCAAGAAAUAUAUUCAGAUUUAGUCGACAGUUUAGUAGAACUAGUGGUAAUAGUAGCUUUCGGGCUAGUGAAUCACCAAAAACUCCGCGAUCUCCUCCGCCUUAUCCACAGUCUCCAUGUAUUUAUCCAUUGACUCCUCCUCCACCAUUAACACCACUCCCUAAUGAAAAUGAAGGCGGAGUUCAGGAUACCGAUGUCACAAAUGUAGAGGUGGUCACAUAGCGUAAAUCAAUGCAGUUAAAAAUGUUUCACUACCAGGACUUUCACAUGUACAUGUUUUUGUAUUUCUGUCAAUCAGAUUCAGAGAAUAUGUGUUAUAUGUGUCAAACGAGGAGAUGAAUUUCAUAAAAGUUUGUCUUGUUUCAAGUUAUGUGUAAAAUCAAAGUGGCAUUGGAUCAAUCUGAUGUUAAGAGUUAUAAAGAUUUAAAACCAUUGAAGUGCAUUUAAGUUUUUAAGGAAUAUGAUUGGAUCACAAAUAUAACAUAGGAUGGAAUGAAUCAUCAUUCAAUAAUGGAAGAAUUGUGAUUGGUUAAAAAUUAUUUUCUAGUCGCAGUGGGAGGAGUUUGUUAUGGUAAUCAUAGAGUUUUUGAAUAUUGAUAGCAUAUUAGAAGGAGGAGUUUUGAAUAUUCAUCAUUGCAGGAGUUGUUUUGAAUAUUUAAUUGAAUAUUUAAUUGGCCAUGGUCUGAUUAUUACAAUGGUCUGUAAUAAAGAGUCGUGAAUAUUCAGCAUUGCAGAAGGAGUUGUUUUGAAUAUCUAAUUUGCCAGGAUCUGAUAAUUAUGCAGAUUUGUAAUGUAUAGCUUAAAUGCAAUAUAGUUAUCUUUAGAUAUUAGUGAAAAAGUGACAGUUUCGUGAUCUUGAAUAGUGGUUGAAAUGAUUCAUUUAGUAAAUUAGAAUAUUCAUUGAAAUUCAUGAAGUAUUUCUGUAAAAUUUAAUGCAUCAUGGUCAACUGUGAUAUUUUAGUCUUCUUUAUAUAUCAAAUAUAUCUAAUAUGUGUGUAUAAUGUAUAAACAAAUGGUAUAUUUUUGCAUAUAUGAUAAUAUAGUUAUAAUAGAGAACUUGAGAAUGUUAUAUUUUAAUUGGGGAAAAAUGAUUAUAUUUUAAUUAGGUAGGUAAAAUACAUGCAAUUGUUGUAGAGUGUUUAAAUCUGACAUAUCAUAAACUCUUAGCCUACUGAAUUAGUUUAAUGGAUUGGACCAUCUUUGAAUUAGGAGCGGUCCAUUCAAAAUUUAAGGGAUUUCAACACCAAAAAAGUAAACAUUGAGCUACCAACAGUAUAGAGCCUGGUCAGACUUCAGAUAUACAGGCUUACCUUGCUCUAUAAUGGUGGCAAAUGAUAAUAAGGGUUAAAAAAACAAUGUUUUAUUUUAAGCAAAAAAUAGGUAUAGCAUUCUUAGCGAUUAUAUAAAACAGUCCAUAUUAUUCUUUAAUUAUAUAUAUCUGUAUUAAAAAUAAAAAGAAACCCAGUAAGUGGAUAUUUUUAAUAUCAAUAUUUUAAUCUCUGAUUUACAUGUUAAAAAAGCCAGUUCCAUGUAUUUUCCAGACUUUAUAUUUUUAUUUAUUCUGAUUUGAAAAAUUAAGCCUGAGCAUAACUUACUGAUAUUUUUUCAUAAAAGUGCAAUAUUAAUAUAUAAAUAUAUAUAAUGUAGGAUCUCACAUGAGUUGCCAUAUGAUAUAAAAACUUUAUUACUUAAUUUCAAGAAAGCAAGCCUCUUACGAUUUCUAAAACAUGAUUCCUUGGACGAGUUUAAUAAAAUAUUAUACAACAGCGGGAUUCUUUUUAUCAUAUGACUAAACAUACUUAAGGAUUACAGACCCUAAUGGGCACCAAUCCAAUAAGAAUCAGCUUUUCAUUACUUCUAUUCUUUACCAGAAUAGUGUAAGACAUUAAAAUUUAUUUUUCAAAUAUUAGAAAAUUCCACCAUCCAAUUAUUUUUUUUGCUCAGCUUAAGAGUUUCUUACUUGCCAUAAAAUAAAAAUAGAUAAAUAAAAUAAAUCUUGUUUCAAAGGUCUACAUGACUUGUGCCAGCAUGUAUUAAAAAAAAUUAUAAUGUAUUUUGCCAUCUCCUCUACAUGAACUUUUCUAUUUGUAAAUCUUGUAAUUUCUUUCUUUCUUUUUUUGUUUCUUUUGAAUAUUUUUGAUGGACCUUUUCAUGUUAACAUUAAAAAAUUGAAACUUGAUUUUUUUCUCUUCUAUUCUUUGCUUUGUAUAUAAAAAGCAUCUGAAGCAUGGACUAAGUUACAUUUUCAUCUUUCUCAAAAUAAAAGUGCAACAUAUUUCACAAUGUCAUAUCCUCUAUAAUUAAAUUCACAUUUCUCUCAUUGUAAAUUCUUUGCUAAUUUAUAUAAUUAUAUUAUUAUAUCAGAUUUCAGUCUUAAUUAAUAUUCAUUUUUGCCUUCUGUGUUAUAGAGGAUACAAAUGGCAAUGAUACUGCUAUAUUGAUUUAUAAUUACUUUUUGAAUGUUUGGGGCAGUAAUGAUUCGGUCGCCUAUGCCAGACCAUACUGCCGUCUCUGUUUAACACAUAGC